AUGGAUUUGGAAUCAAUCACCGAUUAUUUUUCAACAGUAUUAGCUAGUAAUGGAAAUCUUGAUCGAGGAGCAUUAAAAAAUGGAAAUCUUUUAUUCAAUGAUCAUUUCAUUUAUAACAUCACUAUUGCUCGAGAUUACAUAAAGAGAAAAAAAUCGGCAAAAUGUCGCGCUCAAAUGAAAAAACCAGCUGAUAUUUUACAAUCAACAUGCCAAUGUGUCGCUGGAAAAGGUGAGCGAGCGGCAUGUAAACAUGUAGCCGCACUAUGCUUCGCUCUAUUAGAUUAUGAUGAAAAUAAAUUUUACGAAGCAUGCAAGGAGCGACUUCAACAAUGGCACCAACCUACUCGUAAAUCAUCGAAGCCAAUGAAUAUAUUAGAUAUUAACUUUACAUCUCUAAGACACAAUAAAGAAGAAGAAGAUAAAUCAAAAUAUUUAAAAUUUCUCAAAUCAGAUAUUCAUAUAUCUGAAGCAACAACAACUCUACGCCAACUUCUUAUAAAAUAUAAUCAACAGAGCACAGCUGUAGCUUCUAUUACUUUACCUCGACAUGUUACUGAUGGUCGUAUACCACUUUCGGCACGUGUCAUCAAUCAAGUUUCAGCUUUACCAUCCUGA